AAACUAAAGAAAAUUUUUGCUUUUUGGGAUUUAAUGAACACGGAACAGCAGAGCUGCCCGAGUUGUACAAAGACGUGGUGCCAGACGUCGCCGCCUACAACGUCUACCUGAUGGAGACGUCGUAUGCCACAGCAGUGCCCCCCAGGGGGCUCUGUGGACUGGAGAGUUACUGCAAACUCUAUCCCCACGCGCACGUGUGGUUCUUGGUGACAUCUCAGAACUUGGACCCCAGGACGCUCGAAGAAUUGAUGCUAAUUCAGGCCACAUACCAGAACUUGUGUGUGGCUCAUUUCAACCUCAACUUGCAUUUCCAGGACACUCCUCUACUAGAACUUUACCACUCCAAGAAGUUCAAUAAAACUUCGUUCAGAAUUCACCACCUGAGCGACCUGAGUCGCCUGGCGCUCGUGUACAAAUUCGGAGGUUUGUACACCGACAUGGACGUCAUCGCGCUGCGCCCUGUUGGAGACGUCUUCGCAGCCAACGGACCGGCGGCUAUGACGGCUGUGGCUAAACUUUUGGGAUGUGAUCGAACCCCCGUCGGUUUAGAACGCUUGGAUAACUACAACAACCGAAAAUCUCAACCAAUUAAACCGUGCGAUGAACUCCAACAACAAAAACUUUGUUCCAACGAGACUGAGAACUGUGACUGGGUGGCACUCAAAUCCUCCGCCUUCUUACCUCUGCCUCACACCGAGGCUGGAAAACUUUUUCUGGGCCCUGAAAACAAUAGGUCUUUUCCACCCAUAGAAACUUUAUACCCAGAGAGUCUCGGCGUCCACUUCUACAACUACUUGACACACGACNCUCCUACUGCUUAUUGUAAGAGCUUUUGA